CUUCCGGCUCAGGUACGCGAGGCCGCGGCCUUCGUUCCUCUCGGAAAGGUCUCUGCCUUUCCCCAGGAAAAGGACAAGAAGAUGAUGAAGUUCCAGGAGCCAGUGUCCUUCAAGGACGUGGCCGUGGUCUUCACCGAGGAGGAGCUGGGGCUGCUGGACUCGGCUCAGAGGAAGCUGUACCAGGAAGUGAUGCUGGAGAACUUCCGGAACCUGCUCUCAGUGGGAAAUCAGCCCUUCAAACCAGAGCUUAUAUUCCAGCUGGAGAGAGAAGAGCGUUUGAUGAUGGAGACCCAGAGAGAUGGGUGUUCAGGAACCAAGAGUCUACAUAAUAUGGAAAGUAUUCAAGAAGUGGGAUUAAGCUGCUUUUCCCCCAAAGUGCUUUCCACCUGGCAGUCCUGGCAACAAGGUGCAGGCAGGUUAACUGGGUGUCAAGAUUCCAUGAGAAACUUCCAAGAGAAUAUUUCUCAGUUGCAAAAACAAGAUGAUUCCCUCUGCCAGGUUUGGGGAGGAAUACCAGUUCAGAUUUCUGAAGAUGAGAACUACGUCUUGACUCACAUAGGAGACGGUUCCAAUGACAUAAAAAGUCAAGAAUUUCCCUCUUGGCGAGCCCACCAUUCUUGGAGGAAAAUGUACCUUACAGAGUCACGUAAUUAUCAGUGUCGAUGUCAGCAAGUUUCCACGGAAAACGAUUUCUGUAAAUCUGACAGCAUCAGUUGGCUCUCACAUCACGGUGAUAAUCUGGGUGUGCACAGAACAGGAAAAAGCUCUAGCUGCCAUGACUGUGGAGAAGAUGUCAUGAAGGUUUCAUUGCUUAAUCAUAUUCAAACAGGGCAAAAGCCCUAUCCUGGUAAUGAGUACAGAAAAGCCUUCAGCAAUGACUCCAGCUCUGAAGUGCAUCAGCAAUUAGACUUAGAAGGAAAGCCUCGUACAUACAGUCCAUGUGAAAAGGACUGUAGUUACAGGUCAGUUCCUCGUAUUCAUCAGAGUGUUUGUAGAGGAGAUCAUUGUGUUUUUGAGAAUUCACAUCUGCAGUCGCAUCAGAAAGGACACGCAAAAGAGAAGCCAUUUAAAUGUGAAUACAGGGAGAGCAUCAAUCAGUGCUCCUCUCAUAACACAUGUGAACUUAUACCCGGAGGAGAGACGUCUGAUAGAUGCAGCAUGUACGAGAAAGGCUUCAGUCAUAGCUUAGACCUUAGUAGUAUUGUUAGGGUCUACAUCGAGGAGGAAUCCCAUGAAUCUGAGGAGAAUGGGAAUGUCUUUAAUGAGAAUUCUUGUCUUCAAGCCCAUCAGAAAAUCCACACUGAAGAGAAACGAUACACAGACGUGGAGUGUGAGAAAGGUGUCAUUGGUAAUUCAGAUCUGAACAUUCAGCACAGAGUUCACAUGGAAGAGAUUCCGUAUAAUUCUGAGGCAUGUGCUAAUGGCUUCAGUCUGGCCUCACAUUUUCAAAACCAUCAGAUAGUCCACACUAGGGAACAACCCUAUAAACGUUACACAUGUGGUAACAGCUUCAGCCAAAGUUCGUAUCUUCAAGGCCAUCAGAAAAUUCACAAUGGAGAGAAACCUUACAAGGUGUGUGGGAAUGGCUUCAACUGGAAUUCGAAACUGAAAGAUCAUCAGAGAAUCCACACUGGCGAGAGGCCAUACAAAUGCAGCGCCUGUGGUAAAGGCUUCAGUCAUAGAUCUGUUCUUAACGUUCACCAGAGAGUCCACACGGGAGAGAAGCCUUAUAAGUGUGAGGAGUGUGAUAAGGGUUUCAGUCGGAGUUCAUACCUUCAAGCCCAUCAGAGAGUCCACACGGGAGAAAAACCGUACAAAUGUGGGGCAUGUGGGAAGGGCUUCAGUCGUAAUUCAUACCUUCAGGGGCAUCAGAGAGUCCACACCGGCGAGAAACCAUACAAGUGUGAGGAGUGUGGGAAGGGCUUCAGUCGGAGUUCACACCUUCAAGGCCACCAAAGGGUUCACACGGGAGAAAAACCAUUCAAGUGUGAGGAGUGUGGGAAGGGCUUCAGUUGGAGCUUUAAUCUUCAAAUUCAUCAGAGGGUUCACACAGGAGAGAAACCCUAUAAAUGUGGAGAAUGUGAGAAGGGCUUCAGCAAGGCCUCAACUCUUUUGGCCCAUCAGAGAGUCCACACAGGAGAGAAACCCUACCAGUGUGAUGAGUGUGGUAAGAGCUUCAGUCAGAGGUCUUACCUUCAGAGCCAUCAGAGUGUCCACUCUGGAGAGAGACCAUACAUCUGUGAGGUUUGUGGGAAGGGCUUCAGUCAGAGAGCAUAUCUUCAAGGCCACCAGAGAGUCCACACCAGAGUGAAGCCGUAUAAAUGUGAGAUGUGUGGGAAGAGCUUCAGUCAGAGCUCACGCCUUGAAGCACAUCAGAGGGUCCACACCGGAGGGAAACCCUACAAAUGUGCAGUGUGCACGAAGGGUUUCAGUGAGAGUUCCCGCCUCCAAGCCCAUCAGAGGGUCCAUACAGAAGGGAGGCCCUAUAAAUGUGAACAGUGUGGCAAGGGCUUCAGUGGGUUUUCAAGUCUUCAAGCCCAUCACAGAGUCCACACUGGGGAAAAACCAUACAAAUGUGAAGUGUGUGGAAAGGGCUUCAGUCAGAGAUCAAACCUCCAGGCUCAUCAGAGAGUCCACACAGGAGAGAAACCCUACAAAUGUGAUGCGUGUGGUAAGGGUUUCCGUUGGAGUUCAGGUCUUCUAAUUCAUCAAAGAGUCCACAGUGAUAAAUUCUACACAAGUGAAGAGUAUAGUAAGGGUUAUCCUGCAUCAGAGACUCCGUACAGAGGCAAAGUUCUGUAAUGUGGUGUUCCAUUUUGUUCUGAAGUCUUCAAACAAGAGCUGAAAUUUUCCGCUCACUUGAGUUCUCAUAGUAGAAAAAGAAUUUCUUUAAUGAAAAUGUAAUGUUUCUGCUCAACAUCAACAUUUACAGUAGUCCGUACAGCAGAGACUUAUCUAAUGAGAAGGGUUCCAUAUGGGAUUUCAUGAGAACGUGAAUACCAGUCACUGCAGUGACUUUAAUCAGCUCUUAUACUAGAGCUUAGAAAAGACAUGAGUAUGGUUAGCCACGUGGGAAGCCCUAAUUUAUACAGUGAUGAGCAUACCUAAAUUCACGUCCACUGGAAUGUAAGCUUAUUAAGAGAAGGGGUUUCAUACAUUGCUAAGUCUCCAACUCAAUGUAGGUGCUCAGUACUUUUUUGCUAAAUGACUAAAAGUAUGUAAAAGUGUCACGUUUGAAAUUUUUAUUGAGCUGAUCUUCCCCCCCAAAAAAACUUAAAAUGUAUUUGGAGGAGGAAUCCUGCAAGACACCUUAAUGUAAGCAAAUAAGUAAACAUAAACAUUAUUUGAAAUGUAGAACGUGGGCAGUAUUGCAAUCUUAAAUGACAUGAAUUUGGUUUAACCCCCUGGGACUGGUCCUCCCCAUUUGUCCCUCAUCAGCAGGGAUGGGCUGAAUUUCUUAGCAUUUGGUCUCUUUCUCUACAGUGUACUAUCUGGUUAAGUUUAGCUCUGUGUGUGUGUGUGUACAUGUGUCUACCUAUGUGCACUUUAAAAGGACAUUACAGACUGAUAAAACAGUGUUUCUGGUUAACUUGGCAAAAAUGGAAUGCUGCAUUUUACAUAACUGAAUUUUUACUCCUGCCCUGUGUGUUAAGACAGUUUUACUAUAAUAUUUGCAAAGUGUCAGAUAUGGUUACUAACAGUAAAUACUUUCUUAAUAAAUGUUCAAAUUACAAUA